UGACGCCUCUGUAACAUUUCUCAGAACUUUCAAUUUUCCCGCUUUCCAUCUUGUUUCCUAAUUCUCUCUUUUCCCCUUCCUUUUUUUUAUAAGAUUCUCCAACUCACAGCUUUUCCCGUUGAGAAUGUAGACUUUUACCGAAGCUGAUAUCCAAAAUACUUCUACCAGUUGGAGCUUGGAGUGGCUAGUUUAAAUAACUACCACCAUCCAUUAAUUAAUUACUAAUUCAAGUACUCCUCUGCUGGUAUUUGACAUUAAUUAUUUCAGAUCAGAUCUCGAGUCUCCGAGCUUUGCAGAUAGAGAAAGAAAAGAUUGAGUUGUUGAUUUUCUUGGGCAUCUGAAGUAACCAAAGGUUCAAAAUGCAAGCUCGGAUUUUUCAGAAAUCAAAUAGCAUGGCAAGAGAAAAACGCAGUUUGGAUCAAUCCACAAGUAGUGAUGAUGGUCAGCCUGAAAGAAAAAGGCCCGCUCUUGCCAGUGUUAUUGUUGAAGCUCUAAAGGUGGACAGUCUGCAGAAACUUUGCUCAUCGCUAGAGCCCAUUCUUCGAAGAGUUGUUAGUGAAGAAGUGGAGCGAGCUUUGGCGAAGUUGGGCCCCGCUAAAAUUAAUGGAAGGACAUCUCCAAAAAGAAUAGAAGGGCCUGACGGAAGAAACCUACAGCUGCAGUUCAGAACAAAGUUGUCCCUACCUCUAUUUACAGGAGGGAAAGUAGAAGGGGAGCAAGGCGCUGCAAUUCACAUAGUAUUGGUUGAUGCUGUUAGUGGCCAUGUUGUAACUUCUGGUCCAGAGUCCUCAGCAAAAUUGGACAUUGUUGUUCUUGAGGGUGAUUUCAACAAUGAAGAUGAUGAUGGAUGGACUCAAGAAGAAUUUGAUUCCCACGUAGUGAAAGAGCGUGAAGGAAAGAGGCCACUUCUAACUGGGGACUUGCAAGUGACUUUGAAGGAUGGUGUAGGGACACUAGGGGACUUGACAUUCACAGACAACUCUAGCUGGAUUAGGAGCAGAAAAUUUAGAUUAGGUUUGAAGGUUGCUUCGGGUUGCUGUGAGGCCAUUCGUGUCCGUGAAGCCAAAACAGAUGCAUUCACCGUCAAGGAUCAUAGAGGAGAAUUGUACAAGAAACAUUAUCCACCCGCAUUGCACGAUGAAGUUUGGAGAUUAGAGAAGAUUGGAAAAGAUGGAUCAUUCCACAAGAGGCUAAAUAAAGCUGCAAUAUACACGGUAGAAGACUUCCUACGACUUGUAGUAAGAGAUUCGCAGAGGCUUCGAAAUAUACUGGGAAGUGGAAUGUCAAAUAAAAUGUGGGACGUUCUGGUGGAGCAUGCGAAGACUUGUGUUCUGAGUGGGAAUCACUAUAUUUACUAUCCAGAUGAUCUCAGACAUGUUGGAGUGGUGUUUAACAAUAUCUAUGAAUUGACUGGUUUGAUUGCUGGUGACCAAUACCAUCCAGCUGACACUCUCUCUGACAGUCAGAAGCUUUAUGUUGAUACCUUGGUGAAGAAGGCGUAUGAAAACUGGAUGCAUGUUAUUGAGUAUGAUGGCAAAGCUCUCCUUAGCUUCGCUGAAAAUAAAAGUUCAAGUGCUCCUCAGAGUGAUAUUGCUACUGGAUCACAAAACGAUUCAAAUUCUUUUGAUUAUCAAGUCAAUCUACCAAGUCUUCCACCCUCGAUUCCUUCAGAGCAGCCUUCAAUCAGUCCAGUACAGACCAUAGGUGGGUACGAUGAGAAUGGCGGCAGUAGAUUUCAAAUGCAAUCUCAGAGCAUGAACCUCAAUCCAACUAUUCAUAUCCAUGGCACUUCAUUACCUCUGCAUAACCAGAUGAUUACUACAUCAUCACAAGUUCACUCUCCAAUAAAUACAAAUUUGCUGGCCCUUGGACCACUACAGUCUUCCAUGUCAAGCUUCCAUGCACCUGGCCCAUCCAAUCUUUCCAAUUACAGGGGAUUUGAUGAUGUUUUCAGUGAGGAAGACAUCCGCUUAAGGAGUCAUGAGAUGCUUGAAAAUGAAGACAUGCAGAAUCUACUUCGCAUCUUCAACAUGGGAGGUUAUGGUCACACUCCUGUAAAUGGGACAGAAAAUAACUACCAAUACCCACUGGGAUACAUGGCUGGUACAUCUUCAGGCUACGCUUUUGAUGAGGAUCGAACACGUCCAUCAGGUAAAGCUGUUGUUGGAUGGCUAAAACUCAAAGCAGCCCUGAGAUGGGGCAUUUUCAUCAGGAAGAAAGCUGCUGAGAGAAGAGCACAAAUUGUUGAAUUGGAAGAGUCAUAGGGUCUCCUUUCCAAAUGAAACCGGUUGAUUUUGGCACCGAGGCUUCUUUAUCAUGAGUUUAGCAGCUGCCUUACAGUUGAGUCUGGUUAACGGUUCUAUAGCAGCUGCACUUCUUCUGGAUUCAGGGAAGCCCAUCUAAAUGUACAGUUGCUGCCUGUAGAGCACCAUGGUGCAUUGUCCUGAGCUGAAGCUAUUCCAAAUUUUACUGGCACGUUAACCUCUUUGGAAGGAUGCGAGUUUUCUCCUCCUUGGCCUAACACUGUAGAAGCAGGCAAAGUUUCCCUAUUUUUAAAUGCUAGUGUUGUGUGUUUUUUUUAAACAUUUUUCAGCUAUCCUUUUAUCUCUGAUAUAUAUCACAUUAGAAAGUGUUAUAGUA